UUCGCUUUAAUUGGCAUCCAAACAAAUCUUCCGGCGGUUGGUUUCAACGGUCAGUCACUUUCCCUUCCCACGCAAGGACCUGCUCGUAAUUCCUCCAAACUUUUCAUUUUCCUCCUCUUGUUUGUUCUUUCAUGUUUUUAUUCCGAAGUUGCGUUUCUUCCCCUUUCACCUUUUGAUCCUCCGUCAAGCUCCAUUCCAGAUGGGAUGCUUAAUUCUGAUUUGGGUGGAUAGGAGCAGCUAUUACCUUGAUCAACCAGUGAUUUCCUCGAGUUUUUGUAACUGGAAGGUCAUGAGAUUGUAGAGCAAUUGGUAGGCAGAUGGCAGCAAAGGGAAAUCCAUCUGUACAUGUGCAGAAGAACUUAGAGGGGUUUGUAACCAUUCUAACAUCUGCAGCAUGUGAAUGGGUAUUGAUCUUUCUUCUGCUUGUUGACGGACUAUUAUCCUAUCUGCUGACUAAAUUUGCAGACUAUUGCAAUUUGCAAAAGCCUUGCAUCUUUUGCUCCAGGUUUGAGCAUGUUAUAGGUAGUGAAAAACCUCAACUUUAUCAGGAUCUACUUUGCAGCAACCACGUAUCUGAGUUCUCAUCAUGGUUCUCUUGUCAAAUUUAUGGUAAGCACGAUCGCAGUGGAAUGUGUGAAGAUUGCCUCAAGUCAUACACCAAAAAGGGCAAGUCCAACCCCGAAAAACACAUGCUUUCGGGUGGUAAAUCGGAUUCUGAUAUUGGAAGUUCCAGUUCAAGGAGGUCCAUGCAGAACAGAAAGUUUGUCCAUAGUUCUGUGGGUGCAAGGACAUGCUCUUGUUGCAGUAGGCCUUGUAGACCUAGAGAAAAUGCUCGUGGACUACAACGAAAAUCAUCUGCUUCCAAACCUAAUAUCCCUUUGCCACGUUUUUCAAGCCGUAGUCGUAUACCUCGUAGGGAUGGUUCAAAGAAGACCAGGGAUAAAACUUCUGGAUCAGUAACUACUUGUCGUCCUGGAAAACCUGGCUGGGAUCCCUUGCCACAUAGAGGACACAGAGAGUUAAGGAUUAGUUCUGAUACUGACUCCACUCUUCGUCCUGGAAAUUUUAGCUGGGAUCCCUUACCACAUGUAGGAUACACUAAGUUGAGGAUUAGUUCUGAUACUGACUCCACUCGUCGUGCUGGAAAACUUGGCAGGGAUCCCUUGUCACAUGUAGGAUACACUGAGUUGAAGAUUAGUUCUGAUACCGAUUCUGAGAUUCCAUUUUCUGAUGAAGACGGUGGUAGAAGCAUAAUUAUUGGAAAUGAGGAGCAUCAGAAGGAAGCUUUAGUAGAUCAAUAUGCUUCAGAAAAACCAUUCAAAGCACAGCCAAAUGGUUUGAAUCCAGCAAAGCAGAGCAACAUUACCACCAACCAUAAGCCUUCACUUUCUGUUCCAAGUGUGCAGCCAGAUGGUAGCAAGAGGUCUGAUAUAAAAUUCUUAGGUUCGAAUGUUGCUUCAGAGAAUGGCUUGGAUGAACUUAACUGGCAGCAAGCGAGUCAGAAUUCCAUCCCUUAUGCAUUCCCUGAGCUUAUUUCACUGGAUGAUAUCCCUCCAUCAUUUAAUGUUGUUGAAAAGGCAGGUUUUACUGGGACAAGUGACUUUGGAGAUGCAUCCAUCAGUAAAAACGAUGAGCUUUUGAGGUCUAUAAGUGCAACAGAUGGAGCACCUAUUAAAACUGAUCUUAUCAUCAACGAUCCAGAUCUUACUAAGCCAAAUCAUACUAAUGGAAAUGCUGUGUCUGAGUCAGCAGGCAUUGGUAAGGAAGGAGAUUCUAUUAAAGAACAACCUCCAGUGAAGGUACUUGAUAGAGUUGAUGGGGAAGUGAAACCAGCGCACUCACAAAGUUCUUCUGCUCAGGAGACAAAUUUAUCAUCAAAUAAUACAAUUACAGGGGUACAAGGUGUUGGUGAUGAAAAACCGGUAGCUGAUGCUUCCAAUUCUUCUGCUCAGGAGAGUAAUUUAUCAUCACAUAAAACAAGUUCAGCGGUACUUGGUGUUGGUGAUAAAACACUGGUAACUGAUGCUUCCAAAUCUUCUGCUCAGGAGAGUAAUUUAUCAUCAAAUAAUACAAUUUCAGCGGUAUGUGGUGCUGGUGAUGAAAAGCCGGUACCAGAUGCUUCCAACUCUUCUGCUCACAACUGUAGUUUAUCAUCAAAUAAUACAAUUUCAGGGGUACGUGGUGGUGGUGAUGAAAAGCAGGUAACUGAUGCUUCCAAUUCUAAUCCAAAUCUGGGGCUUAAAACAUCAUGGUCAGUAGAAUCUCUGGAUGGAGGAUAUGUCAGUGAAAUUGAAGGUGAAAGUAUUGUUGAUCGGUUAAAACGACAGGUUGAUUAUUAUAGAAAAAGCUUAAAGGAGUUGUUUAAGGAACUAGACGAAGAAAGGAAUGCCGCUGAAAUUGCUGCAAAUCAGGCAAUGGCCAUGAUCACAAAGCUACAAGAAGAGAAAGCUGCAAUCCAUAUGGAGGCCCUUCAGUACUUAAGAAUGAUGGAAGAGCAGGCUGAGUUUGAUGUAGAUGCACUUGAAAAGGCCAAUGAUCUCCUAGCUGAAAAGGAGAAACAUAUACAGGACUUGGAAGCAGAGCUAGAAUUUUCUAACUUCGAUAUCCCAGAUGAAUCAACAAUGGAGAGUAUGCCAAUGCCGGAAUUGCCAGCAUUCCCAGUAUUGCAGGGAAAAAGUUGUAAUUUGAAAGGUGAGAUUGACACAGUGGAGAGUACUGUUGUUCCCGGUGUAAAAAGUGAUGUCAAAGUUACUGGUAACUCAACAGUUACUGAGGUACCUAAAGCUAGCAAUGAACGCCUUUUUUCUGAGACAACACUUUUAGAAUUUGAAGAUGAAAAGUUGUACAUUUCAAAUUGUUUGAAGAGCUUGGAGAGGAAGCUUUCCGAGAUUUCCUGUAAUGGGGCUUCUACCAGCAUGCCUAACGGUGGGCAUUCUAGAAAGCAUACAUAUGAUGGACCAGAUCAAGUAGAGACGCCUAGAAAAUUUAGGCUUCUAUUAAAUGGUCAGAUUGAAGAGGAAGUUGUGCUGACACCGAAUGAUUUACACAUAUCUAACGGAAGUGCUGCUCCUCAAGAGGGACCAAUUCAUUCCGAUAGCUCAGACUGUGAAGAGGAAAAAGAUUCAGAUUUGGUUGUUCUGGAAAACGAAAUCUCAGACCUUAAUGACAGGUUGGAGGCACUCGAGACUGAUCAUGAUUUUCUUGAGCACAUGCUUUACUCUCUUCAAAAUGGACAGGAAGGGCUGCAGUUUAUUCAAGAGAUAGCUCAGCAGCUGCGAGAACUGCGAAAAAUUGGUGCAGCUUUCAGAAAUCAGUCUGUUCCCUAACUUCAAAUGAAAAAUUACACAGUACACUUGAAAUUUAGAAGGCAGAAAUAUUGAUACAUCUCUCGAGCAUUUGGGUGUCAAAUGAAGAAAUCAAUUGCAUUCCUUCAGUCACAUACAACCAUGAAAAAUCAAAAUGAUUUCAUGUACAGGUACCAGCCAAAGCUCUUGGAAGGAAAAACAAAAUCAAGGUCUAUACUAGGACAUAGCGUUAUCAUCUCGUAAGUGCGCAAUUUUCCAUCGUCUCUUUCUUUUCUCUAGGUCGAAAAUUUCCCUCUUGUUUGUUUGGAGAACCGGCAGGUUUUUAGCAAGUUCAAAUUUAUUGAUAAGGCUGUAAAAUUAGUAUUUUUGUGUAGUUGCUAUUUCUUGUUCUCAAGGUUAAGGCUCCAUUUUUUGCCGAACCACUUCCUUUGUAAAUUCAAGCAGAGCUUUUACAGUAAGUUUAGAGAA